CGAUUAGUAAUAUGCAAAUAUUGUUAUCGUCUUCUCAGGACAAUUUCUUGAAUUGGAGUCGUAUGGAGGAGACGCGGAUCGAGGCGGGGUUUUAGGAGGGCGGCAGGGUUGCAGAAGACGAGAUUGCGAUGGAGAUGCGACCAUUUCAAAGGGGCGUUCUCGGUCCCUCUCCCCUUCUGCCGGAGGCGGGGAAUCGAGGCGAACUGCAGGCGAUUCUGUCAAGCUCGAUGGCCGCAAGCCUCGCGGGUCUUUUCCUUCUGAUGUUCCUUCUCUUUCUGCUUUUUAUACUGGCUUGCCGGCCCUGGAGGUUCGUCAAUCGUCGGCGAUCGUCCACAUCCCCCUUCUUCAAGGUUGAUGACAUAGAGCAACCUCUUUUUGCUGAAAGCUCAGUUGAUACUUCUGAACAAUGCAAUAAUUUGGCUAGAAACUUUGUUGAGGAAUCUAACAUUCAAAUUGAUGGAAUAACUAGUUCACCAAAGACAGUUGGGGUUGAUGGAAAUAUUAACUCUAAUAGGAAACAUGGUUUUGCUAUUAAAAAGAGGGUUUCAACCAACUUUCAAGUCGGUGCAGGAGAUUGCUUGGUCUUGGAUGUUAUUACUGAUGCUUCAGACAAUCUCCGUGUUGGUCAAACGCUAAAACGUUUAGCUGCACAAAGUUUGCCAUGUGAAGGCACAAAGCAUAUCAGAUGGGAGGACUCCAGUUAUGACUCUAAAAUCAUUGGAGACAAUGGCAGAACUCAAAUUUCUACACUCAAGGAUGUUGCUAUUUUACGAAGCAGUAUAAACCUUGAAGUCAUUGCUGGUCCUUCUGCUGGUCUCCAUUGCUCAAGAUAUUCAAAAGACAGUACCGCUCUUCCACUAACCCUUGGAAGGGUUUCUCCUAGUGAUUUGAUACUGAAAGAUUCAGAGGUUUCAGGAAAACAUGCGCUUAUUAAUUGGAACGUGCUUAAAUCAAAAUGGGAGCUGGUUGAUUUGGGCAGCUUGAAUGGAACUUUCUUAAAUUCUAAGGCAAUUCAUCAUCUAGAUGUUGGAUCCAGGAGUCGGAGUGAGCCUUUUGAGCUUUCAAGCGGUGACCUUAUCUCCCUUGGUUCAUUUUCAAAAAUAUCUGUACAAAUCGUUCAAGAUGUUGAAUAUGAACUACCUUUUGGAGUUGGUAUUGCAUGUGAUCCCAUGGCGAUGCGUCGUGGUGGAAAGAAGCUUCCCAUGGAAGACAUGUGCUACUGCAGAUGGCCCCUUCCUGGUAUUGAACAGUUUGGAUUUUUUAGCAUUUUUGAUGGACAUGGCGGGGCUGGAGCUGCCAGAGCGGCUAGCAAGCUACUUCCACAAAUCAUUGUCAACAUUCUGUCUAACCCUGAAAAGAAGCAGAGGGUAAUUACUUGUUGUGAUGCUUCAGAUGUUCUUAAGGAAGCUUUUUCUCUCACGGAAGCUGCACUGAAUCAUCAGUACGAGGGAUGUACUGCCACAAUUCUUCUGUUGUGGUUUGAUUAUGAUGAAGAAAUGUUUGUGCAAUGUGCAAAUGUUGGUGAUUCAGCUUGUAUUUUGGAUGCUAAUGGGAGGCAGAUCACUAUGACAGAGGACCACAGAGUGACCAGCAUUUCAGAACGAACUCGUUUGAGCAAAGCAGGGAUGCCCUUGGAGGGAGAAACACGCCUUUGUGGUUUAAACCUUGGCCGCAUGCUUGGAGACAAAUUUCUGAAAGAGCAGGACAGGCGCUUCAGUGCAGAACCGUAUGUGAGCCAAGUUGUACAUAUAACAAAAGGCAGAACAGCUUUUGGACUAAUAGCAAGUGAUGGUUUAUGGGAUGUAAUAAGCACCAAGCAGGCUCUUCAGCUUGUCAUUCAGUAUAUCCAAACGAAGGAAAGAUGCGAAGUUCCAAGCGAAAAUUCGGCCGAGAGGAUAGCAAAUUACGUACUGAGUGAAGCUAGAACAUUGAGAACCAAGGACAAUACAUCGGUUAUCUUCUUGGACUUUGAUCUUAUGAGAAUAGAUUAUCGCAAACACAAUUAAUGAUUACAUUAUAGUGUUUUUUAAUGUUUACCUGUGCCUAUUUUGCAAACUCUAUUAAUAAAUAUAUUUUUCAUAAACUUUAUCUUUU